AUGGACCUCAAGCUCAACUUCAGGCCAAGCUUCUUCUUCUUCUCCUUUCUGAUUUUCAUCUAUCUUCUCCAAAAACCUGAUUUGGGAUCAGCCUCUAGUCCUAAAUGUAUAUCCACCGAGCGCCAAGCUCUUCUCACCUUCAAAAAAUCACUUACUGAUCCUUUUGGUCGACUCUCUUCUUGGUCCGGACCGGACUGUUGCAACUGGCGCGGUAUUCUUUGUGACAGCAGAACCAGCCACGUCAUCAAGAUUGAUCUCAGAAACCCGAAUCAAACACUCAGACCCUAUGACUAUUAUGGUACAUUUCAAAAGGGUGGCUUGGGGGGCAAGAUAAAUCCGUCUUUGACCCGUCUCAAGUUCUUGAGCUAUUUGGACUUGAGUUCAAAUGAUUUCAAGUUCCUGAAGUUCCCGGAGUUCAUCGGCGGCAUCGUUAGUCUAAGGUACCUCAAUCUUUCAUUCACAACGCUUUCCGGUGAGGUUCCUGCUAGUUUUGGAAACUUGUCGAAGCUCGAGUCUCUUGAUCUGUACGCUCAGCCGUUUAGUAACUAUUUCUAUAAGAAAUAUUUGCGCGCAAGCAACCUCGGGUGGCUAUCAGGUCUGUCUUCUUCACUGACUCACCUCAACUUGGGGUUUGUGAAUCUGAGCGGUGCUGGUGAAACCUGGUUAGAGGAUUUCAGUAGACUCUCGAAGCUUAAAGAGUUGCAUUUGUCCAACUGUGAGCUAAAGAGCUUACCCCUCUCUUUGCCUUCGUCUGCGAAUCUGAAGCUCCUUGAAGUUCUUGAUUUGUCUCAAAACUCUCUCUAUUUGCCGACACCGAGCUGGCUAUUCGAUCUCACCAGUCUCAGAAAGCUAUUCCUCCAAGAGGUUCGUCUCCUGGGGUCGAUUUCUCCCGGAUUCAAGAAGCUUCAGCUUCUAGAGACGUUAGUUCUGUCUAGCAACGAACUCUCGGGAGAAAUCCCGGCGGUUCUUGGAGACCUUCCUCGGCUUAAGUAUCUCGACCUUUCGCAGAACUCUUUCCAAGGUCAAAUCCACAGGUUUCUCGACGCCUUGUCCAAAAACAAAGGAAACAGCAGUUUGCUCUCUCUCCGUCUUAAUUUCGACCGUUUAGAAGGGACAUUGCCUGAGUCGUUUGGAGAGUUGUGGAAUCUUGAGAUUCUGGAACUUACAGGCAAUCACUUCACGGGCUCCAUCCCUUCCUCGGUAGGAAACAUGGCGUCACUGAAGAAACUUGAUAUUUCUUUCAAUGACAUGGACGGGACUAUCCCAGACAGCUUGGGGAAGCUUGAGGAGCUUGUGGAUCUUAACUUGAGGGAGAACAAAUGGGAAGGUGUUCUGCUGAAGUCUCAUUUCGUCAAUCUUAGAAGCUUGAAGAGCUUCAGUCUCAGAACUGAACCAAACAGAUCUGUCGUCAUCAAUCUGCCAUCUACAUGGGUUCCUCCUUUCAGACUGGAGCUGAUCAACAUAGAGAACUGCCUGAUCGGCCCGUCGUUUCCAAUGUGGCUUCAAGUGCAAAACAAACUCAACUCCGUCACACUUAGGAACACAGGGAUUGCAGAUAAAAUACCUCACAGCUGGUUCUCGAGAAUAGCUUCCGAUGUAACUGAACUGUAUCUAGAAAACAACAGAAUCAAAGGUACAUUACCUCAAAACCUUGUGUUCCCGAAUUUAGCAGCCUUCGAUUUGAGCUCCAACAACUUCGAAGGCCCUUUCCCUCGUUGGAUAGCAAAUGUAGAAGAGCUUUGUCUUUACCAGAACAACUUCUCGGGCUCUCUUCCAGCUGACAUUGAUGUCUUGAUGCCAAGAGUGAGAAAGAUCAACCUCUUUCAUAACAGCUUCACCGGAGAAAUCCCAUCAUCUCUAUGUCAACUCACAGGACUGGAAAGUCUCAAUCUAAGAAACAACCGUUUCUCUGGUAGUUUCCCAAAAUGCUGGCAAAGUUCUUCCCAGAUUUAUGAAAUCGACGGGUCGGAGAACAUCAUAUCAGGCGAAAUACCAGAGUCUCUCUCUGUGAUACCUCGUCUUGGUGACUUGCUUUUGAACCAGAAUGCAUUGGAAGGUAAUAUUCCAGACACGUUUCAGAACUGCUCUAACCUUAAACACAUUGAUCUUGGAGGAAACAAGCUGACUGGGAAAAUUCCAUCGUGGCUAAGUAAGCUGUCUUCUUUGUCCAUGCUUCGUUUGCAGAGUAACUCCUUUGAUGGUCAAAUCCCAGAUGAUCUAUGCAGCGCCCCGAGUCUACACAUUCUGGAUCUCUCCGAAAACAAACUAUCUGGCCCGAUUCCGAAAUGCAUCGGCAAUCUCACAGCCAUUGUGCAGCAUAAAAGCGUUGACGAGUACUAUGUAUACCAAGAGAUACGCGAUAGCAUAGAUCUUUCUGGAAACAACUUAAACGGAGAAAUCCCAGGGGAGAUCCUAGACCUCGCUUACCUUCGAAUCCUGAACUUAUCAAGAAACUCCAUAGCAGGAAGCAUUCCCGGGAAUAUUUCAAAACUUGGUCACCUGGAGAGGCUUGAUCUAUCAAGAAACAGGCUUUCUGGUUCCAUUCCUGAGAGCUUGGCAGCGAUAUCUUCUCUGAAUACCCUGAAUCUUUCGUUCAAUAAACUGGAGGGGAGCAUACCUAAGCAGCUGAAGUUUAACGAUCUGUCCAUUUACGUUGGGAAUGAGUUACUCUGUAAGAUACAUCCGUCUUUGACCCGUCUCAAGUUCUUGAGCUACUUGGACUUGAGUUCAAAUGAUUUCAACUUCCUGGAGAUCCCCGAGUUCAUCGGCAGCAUUGAUAGUCUAAGGUACCUGAAUUUUUCAUUCUCGUCGUUUUAUGGUGAAGUUCCUGCCAGUCUUGGGAAUUUGUCGAAGCUCGAGUCUCUUGAUUUGUACGCUCAGACGUUUAGUUACGAUGGUUCAAGUUCAUAUAAUUUGCGUGCAAGCAACCUUGGGUGGCUUUCGGGUUUUUCUUCUUCACUGACUUACCUCAACAUGGGGUUUGUGAGUUUGAGCGCUGCUGGUGAAACUUGGUUACAGGAUUUCAGUAGACUCUCGAGGCUGAAGGAGUUGCACUUAUUCAACUGUGAGCUCAAGAGCUUACCUCUCUCUUUUCCUUCGUCUUCAAAUCUGAAGCUCUUUGAAGUUCUUGAUUUGUCUCGAAACUCUCUCAAUUCGCCGAUACCCAACUGGAUAUUUGAUCUCACCAGCCUCCGAAAGGUAUUCCUCCAAUUCUCUGAUCUCCAUAGCUCGAUUCCUUCGGGAUUCAAGAAUCUGAAGCUUCUAGAGACACUUGAUCUGUCUUAUAGUAGACUCUCAGGAGAAAUUCCAGCGGUUCUUGGAGACCUUCCUCAGCUGAAGCAUCUUGACCUUUCUGAAAACUCUUUCCAAGGUAAAAUCCACAUGUUCCUUGACGCCUUGUCCAAAAACAAAGGAGAUGGUUUGGUCUAUCUCGCUCUUAAUUCCAACAGUUUGAAUGGGACAUUGCCUGAGGUGCUUGGAGCUUUGAGGAAUCUGCAGAUUCUGGAUCUUUCGUUGAAUUCCUUCACGGGUUCGAUCCCUUCCUCCGUAGGAAACAUGGCGUCACUGAAGAAACUUUCACUUCAUCUCAAUUCCAUGAAUGGGAAAAUCCCGGAAAGCUUGGGGAAGCUUGAUCGCUUGGAGACGCUUGAUCUAUCAAAUAACAUGUUUUCUGGUGCUAUUCCUCAGAGCUUGGCAGGGAUCUCUUCGCUGAAGGAACUUUAUCUUACGUUCAAUAAACUGGAGGGGAGAAUACCUAAGAAUCUGAAGUUUAAAGAACCGUACAUUUACGAGGGAAAUGAGUUACUCUGUGGGAAACCACUUCCUAAAAAGUGUCCAAGGAAGCAGCAAAUUGCUGUAGUUAAUUGA